AUUGUUAAAAGUCUGAGUUUUUUUGAUUCAGAAUUUUUUGAAUUCAGAAUUCUUCCAAUUGUAUCAUCAUUAAGUUGACCUGUUGAUUAUUAAUUUUGUGGAAUAAUCGAUCAAUCAUGGUACUUGGUUGGUCGGUAGCUAAUACGACUAUUUCCCAUCCUGAUUUGCACGCAAUGUGUCUGGCAACAUCGGGUAAUGGAAAAUGUGCACUUGUUUCACGACGAUCCAUAUCGAUAAUUCGUACGGAUAAUUUGGCCAAAAUUGAUUCGGUCAUAGCCCGAGAAACUAAAUGGGAUACUACACAUGCUGAAUUCAGUCCCCCGGAUCCGAAACAAUUGGCCAUUACUAAUGCGCAAACCAUUAAUAUUUAUAAUAUUGAUGACCAAAGUAAUUGGUUGAUGCAUACACUCAAUGGUCAUACUCGCACCAUUACUGAUUUGAAUUGGUCGUGUAAGGAGCCAAACAUUUUGGCAAGUGCUUCGUUCGAUAAUUAUAUCUAUAUCUGGGAUCUAAGGGAAACCCGGAAACCCAUAUAUCUCAUGUACUCGAUUUCGGGUGCCACACAGAUCAAAUGGUCGAAAAUGAAUGAAAAUAUUCUGGCAACCAGUCACGAGGGUGAUGUCCGAAUCUGGGACAAAAGAAAAAGUAAUAUGCCAUUACAUUAUGUAUCAACUUAUUUGGCCAAAAUAACCGGAAUCGAUUGGAGUCCAUUUUAUGAGAAUAAAUUCUUAACCUGUUCGCAGGAUGGAAGUAUAAAACUAUGGGAUCUAAUAAAUUGCAGCAAAGGAAAAAGUGAAUACCAUAUGACAACGGGAUUGCCAAUUUGGAAAGCACGUUAUACACCAUUCGGUAAUGGUCUGAUGACAGCAUUAGUGCCACAAAUGCGUCGAACCGGAGAGAACAAUUCGCUUUGGAUGUGGAAAAUCGAUUCACUUGAUCAACCGAUUCAUUCAUUUGCCGGACAUCUUGAUGUUGUAUUGGAUUUCGGUUGGAAUAUUAUCGAUUCGGAUGAUUAUGAAUUGAUUACUUGGGCACGGGAUAAUACUUUUCGUCUGUGGAAAGUGAAUCCCAAUGAAUUUGUCCGCCAAAUCCAGGAUUCAUCUUCGACGGACGAUCAACAUGAUCAUCAUACUGAUGAUAUAUCAUCCGAUUUCGAUAGUCAAUCGGCAAAAUUGUCCAAUCUCGAUCUAAGUAAAUCAAGCGACCUAUCAUCGCCAAUAUCGGAGAAAUGUGAAUCAAAUCAAAAUGAAUUUGAUAAUUUGGAAGAUAAAUCGGAUAAAGUUUUCAGUUUGAAACAAGAAUUUUCCUUAUUCAAUUCAAACAUUGCUAACCUAAUGAUUGAAGAACUUAAUGUCAAUAAACGUUUUUGUAUAGCAUCCAUCAAAUCGUCAAUCAUAUGUCGAUUGAAGAUAUUCUUUCCCAUCAAUUACCCAAACACUAUACCUGUCUUUACAUUUCUAAAUGAUCAACCUGUGCCGUCAUUCAAUUCGAAUACAACCAAAUUAUUGGAUGAUAAAACUAAAAAAGAAAUUCUCACUGAUCUUCAAUCCACAGCUACAUUUCUUGUCAAACAUAAUCGCAAUUGUUUGGAGAAAUGUCUUCGACAAUUUGUUCACCUGAUUGAAGAAUCGACAUCAUUGAAUUUAAUCCAAACAAACAGCAAUACUAAUACUAAUAUUAAACAAACCAUAUCGGAUUACCUUCCUACUCACCAAUACGUCAGCUAUCUGGACGCAUCGGUACCUUUUCCUCGUACAUCCGGAGCAAGAUUUUGUUCAUCCGAAAUUCUGGUCUGUUUCGGACGGCCACCACAUCUAGAGCAAAUGAAUGUUCCGACCGAAUAUACACCGCGAUCGUUAUCCGCAUUAUCAUCAUAUUUGGUGAAACAUGUUGGUGCUUAUAAUUCGAAUCAUAUGAAUGCAAAAGAUAACAUUCCAUCCAUAUCGUCAUUUUAUAUUGAUUCUUCAAAAAAACAUCGAUCGUUUCGUAAAGUGCAUCAAUAUCAGGAAAAAAAAUCGCCAAAUCUUUGCGGUCCUGUUAUGGUAUUCAGUGUUGCCAAAUUAUUACCAAUUUCUCGUCAUUUAGCCGAACAAUACAUUGUGCCCACACCGAAAAGCAACAUUAUCAAUCUGUGCGAAUUGAAUGCUAAAAUUGCCAACACAUCUGGCCGUCGUGAUCUUCUACAAACCUGGCAUUUGGUUCGAAUUUCGGCCGAGAUUUAUCUGAAAAAUCGUUUUCUAUCAUCGGAAGAGCUCAAUUCACACUGGUCAAGACAUCCAUUCGGUGGAAAAAUGAUACAAUCAAUAAUUGAACAUUAUGUUUUAAAAUGUAACGAUAUUCAAACGGCUGCAAUGAUUUCAAGUGUAAUAAGUUCGUGCAAACUUAGUUGUGAUAUUCUAUAUCGAUGGAAAUUGAUUAAAAAGCGUACCCAACUAUUGAAAACAAUCGAAUCGAAAAUGUUGCACGAGGAUCAAUCACACAUUGUUUCCUUUGGUAUCGAAUGCUUCACCCAAUCCUGUAAAGAUCGACAAAAACUCUGUAACAAUUAUAUUUGCAGCCAUUGUAAUCGUAUAUCGUUGAUAUGUACUAUUUGUCGUUUACCUGUCAAAGGUGCCACCAAUCAUUGCAUGAAAUGUGGUCAUGGUGGCCAUGCUAAACAUAUGAAUGAUUGGUUUCAAGAACAUGACCAAUGUCCAUCCGGUUGUGGAUGUGUUUGUCUUCGAAAUUAACCAACAAUGAUUAUUGUUAAUAAUUAUUUUAUUGUAAUCAAUAUUUAAAACAAAAAUG